AUGAGUAACGACGUGAAAAAGACCUGCAUGAUCUUCGUGGAUGACUCUAACGUCUGGAUCGAAGCCCAAAAGUUCGCUGCCUCGGGUAAGAGCCACUUACUCAAGCUCGAAGACUGCGACCAGGAUCCGCGCUAUAGAGUCAACAUCGGCGAGCUUGUCAGCACAAUCUCGAUGGGUCGCUUGGUGGAAAGUGCAUUCCUUUACGGCUCGCGCCCGCCGCCCAACGACGCAGUAUGGAACUCAUACAAGAGAUUCGGAUUCAAGGUCAAUGUGUAUAACCGCGCCAAUAAUGGAAAGGAGAAACAGGUGGACAACUCUAUGGCAACGGACAUUAGCUGCAAAGCAACCGAGCUCGCAGUUGGUGCUAAAUAUGACGAGAAGAUCAAACAGCAACUGGACAACAUGACAUUUAUCGUGAUCUCCGGAGAUCGCGACAUGCUCCCGCCAAUCAUUGCAACGCUAAAGUGUGGCAUCCCCGUAGAGGUCUGGGCCUGGGAGUCAGGCAUCUCUAAUGAACAUAAAAAGAGAAAGGACGGCAACCUGCAGGUGUGUUAUCUGGACCAGAUAGCUAAUCGAAUAUUCUUUACCAACACCCGCUCCACACGAACGGGCAAGGGAGUGCAGGGGGACAAGACUGUUGUACUUUGCGACCCUAAUGACAAGAACAAUGGUAUGGAUUUUCUCGAAGAUUCUGUUUCUAGCUGCCUCCUAGGGAACUGCCCUAUUAUAUUCUACAUCACUCGGUCGCCAGCGGAGACGGAACUCUUUGUCGAGUUUCCAAAUCUCAAGAAUGUUGAGAACAUCAUCUUUCGUGUACGAGAGCUGUUCAAAGGCGACUGGACAGUGGAGUCGUGGCCUGAGUACGCAUCUCGUCUUCACAAGGAGACAUUGGUUACUCGCGAAAAAGGAACCAUGUUUUGGCCAUUGGAAGAGAAUGACGGCGAGAGGAAUUCUCCUCUUGCCUCCGAACAAACUAAAUCCGACGAUGUCCAAGCUAAGCCUUGGACUGGGUGGGAUCGUCCCAAACCAUUAAUCGGACAAAGUGGGAAUGAGGAUAUCGAUACGGGAGCGUUCGACGACUGGGAAACAGUCGGGCCUCGAAACAAUCUAAACAGAGCCCAUCGUCGUAAUAUGCAACGAACGCAAGCAUGCCCCUAUGGCCUGCACUGCGGGGAAGCAGCUGCAUGUGGCAAUUAUCAUACUGACGAGGAGAAGAGACUAUUUCGAGACCACCCGAACCAGAAUUUCACGAAGUGGAAGACUUCCCCGUGCCUUUAUUACCCUCGCUGUCUCAAGGGGAGAGACUGUGCGUUUGCCCACUCCGAUGCUGACGCAUGGUGCCCAGAGUGCCAUAAACAGGGUCAUUAUAAAGACGGAUGCCAGUUUGGAAUUUGGAAAGAGUCUAAUCAGUAG